CUAAAACAAGAAACGGCCGGCAUGACUGCUGACAUUUCAAUGCGGAACGGGGCAGGACAGGGAGGAGCCUUUUUUACAUUAUAACUUUUUGUUUUCACAUCACGUUUUUUAGGUUUCAUUCGAUACUUACAUCUCAAAUUCAUUAGGAAAAUGUAUAGGUAUUUCGGAGAAUUACUUAGUCGUGGAGCAAGCAAUGCCUUGGCCUCGGGAUGCGUGGAGACGGUUCUUCCAGUUUCUGCGUCGCUGAUGCGGGUCCGCUCCUACAGCCAGAUCGGAGAGAAAGAUGCAGAUGACCCCAACUUCUUUACAAUGGUGGAGGGAUUCUUUGACCGCGGUGCAAAUAUCGUUGAGGAUAAACUGGUGGAGGACCUCAGAAACAAGGAGACCCCAGAGCAGAAGAGACACAGAGUACGCGGAAUUCUCAAGAUUAUCAAGCCCUGCAACCACGUACUGAGUGUGUCGUUCCCCAUAAAACGAGACAACGGCGAAUGGGAGGUGAUUGAGGGAUACAGAGCACAGCACAGCCAACACAGGACUCCGUGUAAAGGAGGUAUUCGUUACAGCACGGAGGUGUCUGUCGACGAGGUCAAAGCCCUGGCAUCCCUGAUGACAUACAAAUGUGCUGUUGUAGAUGUGCCUUUUGGAGGAGCGAAAGCUGGAGUGAAGAUUAAUGUGAAGAAUUAUACCGACAAUGAACUGGAGAAAAUCACCAGAAGGUUUACUAUUGAACUGGCCAAGAAGGGCUUCAUUGGACCUGGAAUUGAUGUCCCUGCCCCUGACAUGAGCACUGGGGAGAGGGAGAUGUCCUGGAUUGCUGACACCUAUGCCAACACCAUGGGCCACCACGACAUCAACGCCCAUGCCUGUGUGACCGGGAAGCCCAUCAGCCAGGGGGGCAUCCACGGCAGGAUCUCGGCCACCGGGCGCGGUGUGUUCCACGGCAUCGAGAACUUCAUCAACGAGGCAGCCUACAUGAGCCAGCUGGGCCUGAGCCCCGGCUUCACCGACAAGACCUUUGUCAUCCAGGGUUUCGGUAACGUCGGGAUGCACUCCAUGCGUUACCUGCACCGUUUCGGGGCCAAGUGCGUUGGCGUCGGAGAGAUGGACGGAAACAUCUGGAAUCCCAAUGGCAUCGACCCAAAGGAGCUGGAGAAUUACAAACUGCAACAUGGCACCAUUGUGGGCUUCCCCGACUCCACGCCCUACACCGGCAGCAUCCUGGAAGCUGACUGCGACAUCUUGAUCCCCGCCGCCAGCGAGAAGCAGCUGACCAGGAAUAACGCUCACAAAAUCAAGGCCAAGAUAGUUGCUGAGGGAGCUAAUGGCCCCACCACCCCUGGUGCAGAUAAGAUCUUCCUGGAGAGGAAUAUCAUGGUCAUUCCGGACAUGUACCUGAACGCUGGUGGAGUGACUGUCUCCUACUUUGAGUGGCUGAAGAACCUGAACCAUGUCAGCUACGGCAGACUGACCUUCAAGUACGAGAGGGACUCCAACUACCACCUGCUCAUGUCCGUCCAGGAAAGUCUGGAGAGAAAGUUUGGGAAGCACGGAGGAGCCAUCCCUGUAGUCCCUACAUCAGAGUUCCAGGCCAGGAUCGCUGGUGCUUCAGAGAAGGACAUUGUCCACUCAGGAUUGGCCUACACCAUGGAGAGGUCUGCCAGGCAAAUCAUGCGCACAGCUAACAAGUACAACCUGGGCCUUGACCUGCGGACGGCAGCCUACGUCAAUGCCAUCGAGAAGGUCUUCAAGGUGUACCACGACGCCGGACUUACAUUCGUAUAAGCUGCUUCUCACCAACUGUCUGUUGGUCCUUCUGAGCAGACCCUGCCCGCACCCAGGCCUUCAUAAAACCAUUAUACAAUGUCCCAAGGUUUACGUUUUACCCAUGACCGCUGGCAUAUCUUUUUGCAUAUGCAUUAUCAGCAAGGCAAUGCGCUCAUUCUUUAGCAUUCUUAAAUCAAGAGACUAUGUUUGAGCUUGCCUGUUCUGUUAAGUUACUGUAUCUUAAUGGUUAUGUUACCCUGUAUUCAAUUCCAACUCAUUUAUUGCUGUUACUGUAUUAUUAUGCCAGUAAACACCAAAGAUUACCAUCUAGUUAUUUUCUGUUGUAGACCAACUGUUACUUCACAGAAAGAUUAUAAGAAGUUAGUCAAUAUAAAAGAAUGUAGAG